UUAGAAAUCGUCGCGGACACCAUCGACGACACCAUGCGUGGAAGAUUAGAUCACUUCGACGAAGUGGACCUAAUGCAGGAGCUUGUCCAGAGAAUUAUACACAACUGUCUCUCGGACCCGGACUUCGCAAGUUCUGGUACUGUGGAGCGCGUCAAGUUGUUGGGCCACGCGAGAGGAUGGUGUACACUAAUGGCGACGGACCUUGACCUCUUGAAGGGAAUUGACGAGAAACUUCAGAACCCGAUCAGCAAGCGCGACGCCUACUGUGCAUUUAUCGACAUGCUCAGGCACAUUCAUGAGCUAGUUUGGUGGUUCACAGAAAGACCAACGAAGCCCAGCGAACAUCGGGAUAGUCGCAGCGAGGCUGAAAUGCAGAAGGCCUUGAAGCGUGAUGGAGGACACUGCUUGUUCACGCGGGAAACUUGCGAAGUGUGCCACAUCGUGCCCUUCUGGACGGUCAAUAGGUCAACGAUGAUCAACGGACUGCUGUCACUCGUGAGAAUUCUCUUUGAUUUCGAUGUCUCUGCCCGGCUUGAAACGAAGUUUACUUCUAGAAACGACGAUAACACGGCGCCGGGCGAGAACAACAUCGUGGACAAGUGUUCCAACAUGCUGUGCCUCAGCCCGGAGUUGCAUCGGUUAUGGGGGAAGGGACUGUUUGGUCUAGAGCCCGUGGGCCACUGCCGAAGGCUUAAGGGCUCCGGGGACUCUUGGGAAGUCCUGGACGCGGAUCUCAAUGAACUCGAUCUUGAUGGCACUAGUAUCGAGGAGGACGAGGCAAUCGAUGCAAAGCUGUCGUCGAUGUUCACCUCUGCCUCCGACACGGAACCAGUCACGGCACACAAUGAUCCCAGCAAACGGUCAAGUCAAGUUGACAUGGACCUCGACAACGACCACAAGAAGCCGUGGACGGAUGAGAAGGGCAAAUUGCCCGAAACAUUCAGCGAAGGACGCCCGCUUCUCAAGCAGGACAUUGAAGAUAGGUACGAGUACGGCAUCGUGCUCCGCUUCCACUGGCUUCCUGCCACGACCUUGACCAGCCUUAACGCGGAGAGCCCCCCCUUGGACACGGAUCCACGCGACAUACAAGCACCCUUCGACAACUUCAAGUCGAAACACCAUGUAUUUUCAGACCGUCCGGUUACCAACGGCCGUAUCAUCAAGAUCUGGGCAAAGAACCCGGAUGAGCUACCCGAUUGGAACGCGUUGAAACUUCAGUGGUUUGCUCUCAGGGUUCUCCGCUUGGGAGGAGAUGUUGACCCUGAGAUCUACAACCCACACUGGACUGACAACGACGAAAACUUCUCUCUUCGAGUUUUUGCCAAGUACAGAGGGGAAAUUUCCUGCAAGUUUCGCAAACCCUCCGUCGAAAUUGUCAAUUCUCGCGACAUGGACGUCACUAACGAGCCUCCCGAGAGCAUUCUAGGCGCCCGGAUCGACUAUGUUGACGACGACUUAACAGAACGGCAGCGACUAAUCAAAAGUGUCCUUACAGUCUGUCAAUCAGAUCCGGGUCUUGAUGGUAUGCGGUUCGAGAAUGAUCUCAAGUUUCUGGAGCAGGCGGUAUGUUGGUGUACGCUCAUGGUCAUGGACAUCAAGCAACUCAGGUACCUCAAUGAGCGUCUCCAUUCAAAUGACCAGAAACAACGUUACUCAGACCUCAUCCAAUGUCUGAUGUAUGCGGGAGAGCUUGUGUAUUGGUUUGGAAGAGACCCGGACGAGCCGUGGGACCAAGGCCGCGUUGUUAUUCGCAAUGAAGCUGAGAAGAAUAAGGCCAUCAUGCGCGACCAGGGUCUCUGUGUGGCCACACACAACCCGGCUGAUGAGGCCUGUCAUAUUGUGCCACUUUGGACACUCAAAUGGCACUACACAAUGAAUACAACUGUAUCUUCCUGGCACGCUCUAUUUGGACCUUAUACUGUUGCCUAUGUUAGGAACAAAUUCAUGUCCCAGGACAGAAACAGGGAGAACAGAGUUGCGGAGCGUAAUAUCGUGGAUAAGUGUUGUAACAUGAUUUGUCUCAGUGGGCAGAUGCGUCAGUGUUGGGAGAAGGGACUGUUUACCUUUGAGCCCGUGGGUUACUGCCGGCGAAGCCAGGGUGCUGGAGAAGUCUCUGAGCUUUCUUCGAGGCUCGCCUCAACCAGCAUCUCCGACUCAACUGCAACGACAGCGCAUACCGAUAGCGUGCCAUCGACUCAAGAGGCCACUGUCAAAGCCAGGACGCCAGACGCGAACGAUGACGAGGCGUCAGAUCUUUUCAACGAGGGACGGCGACUACAGGAGAGUGACAUCGACGCUGGAAAAGAGUACGGAAUCGUCCUUCGUGUUCGAUGGCUUCUCAAAACGACGACCUUGUCAAGCUUGAUGGACUCGGCACCUCCCCUGGAUACUGACCCGCAAGACCUACAGGAAUCUUGGGAGGAGCUUUACGAAGAGUUGGAAGGCCUUCCAGUCCUUCCCAAGAACGGUGAGCUUAUUCGGAUCUGGGCCCAAGACCCCCAAGAGCUUCCCGACUGGACAGCUCUGGAGCUGCGAUGGACGGCACUCCGAAUUCAUUGCCUGUCUGGGAGAGCCAACCCUGAGAAGUAUAACCCGGGUUACAAUAACGCCUACGAACAGUUCGGAAUAGACGUGGCAGAUUAUGAAAACGUCAAUGACGACAAAGUUGCUCUCGAGCUUCGGGCUAGGAUAAAUGCCUUUUGGUAUGCAGGUUGA